UGGUGCGUCACAUUACUCGGCAGCGGACACAUUCACUUUGCCUUCGCUUUAGCCUUUGUGCUGUAACUUGCAAGAAACGUCGGAGUACUCGCUUGCGCGCGCCCGCGGCGGCGGCGGCGGCGACGAGCGAUCGCAGCGGGUGACGCGGAGAUGGCGUCCAGGUGCUUCUUCCCCAGGGAGGCCGAGGCCGGCGGCCGGCACCACCACCACCAGUCCAAGGCGGCUGCGGAGGCGCUCGAGCAGCUGCACCACGGCGGGCGCGUCCUGUCGCGGGAGGACGUCGGCGGCGCAGUGCGCGUCAAGAUCGUGGUCAGCAAGCGCGAGCUCAAGCACAUGGUCGCGGCGCUCGGCUCGGGCACCGGCGGCGGCGGGGCGGUGGCGGCGGCGGCGGCGGUGACGGCCGCGGGGGAGCGGCACCGUCAGCGCGCGGCGGGCGGCGCCGGCGGCCCAGGCGCCGAGCAGAGGCUGCAGUCGCUGCGGCGGCGCAGCAUGCGGAGGGCGGCGGAGGCGGCGCGGCGGAUGCAGGCGAACGGGGAGUGGGAGCCCGGCCUGCAGAGCAUUCCCGAAGAGGUUUACUGAAUAUUAUACCAGUAGAUGGCGUCGUUAGUGAUGGUUAAUCACUUGACUAAUUAAGGUUGGGUUUUGAUCACUGCCUGCUAAGUCUAAGUGGUAGAUGUACUUGUACAGCGCUCUUGAUUUGUUCCCGGUUACUGUUGAGGGUUAAACCGUUAAUCCUCCCCCAAUGAGUUUGUGCAUUUUUUUUUCACUGUAAAAUUUUGGAUGGAAGAGAGGGGAGGUGGUGUUUGGACUGCAAUGCAACUGCUCCUGAUGGUGUUUGAGUGACUGUGAGAGUGAUUCAGCGAGUGGCUGAAUUUCUUCUCCUUUUUGUUUGUGGCACUGUAAAAGUUUUUACUGCCACUGCAGCUGAUGUAAAAUGGUUAAUUUUGAAGAAUUGACAGUUUACUGUCCGUGCUUAGUGCUUACUA